AUGUGUGAGAGCUAUGCCCGCUCGCUGCUGCGUGUUUCGGUGGCGCAGAUCUGCCAGGCUCUGGGCUGGGAUGCAGUUCAACUUACUGCAUGCGAUCUGCUGUCAGAUGUGCUGCACAGAUACAUCCAACAGUUAGCCAAAGUCUGUCACCGCUACUCUGAACUCUAUGGCAGGACUGACCCAAUGUUGGAUGAUCUAGGUCAGGCAUUCAGACUUAUGGGGGUCAGUCUUGGUGAACUGGAGGACUAUGUCAACAACAUGGAAGCUGUGGGCUUCACCCAUCAAAUUCCGCUCUUCCCUGUCAGUAAAAAUAAUGUGCUGCAGUUUCCCCAGCCAGGAGUUCGAGAUGCAGAGGAACGAAAGGAAUACAUUCCAGAUUACUUGCCACCCCUGGUCUCCCUACAAGAAGAUGAAGAGGAAGAAGAAGCUUUACCUGACAUGGGCACCUCGGCCGAGGCAAUGCAGGUAGCACUGGAGGAGGAUGAGGAGGAAAUGGAGGAGGACGAGGCCAUUAAUGACGAGAACCAUCCACUCAAGCGACACUUGGACAGUCCUGAUGAAGCUUUGGGAAUGAUGCCUACUUCAAAGAGACCACGUGUUCACCCUGGUCUCAGCCCUGAGUGGGGUGAACCCAGGGAGCCUUUGACAUCUCUGAACCCACAGCGUGUCCCACCAGGAAUACUGCCUUCUCAUGACAGUAUCGAACCCCUAUCCCCCGAAACGCCUUCAGGAGUUUUGCCCUCAUUUAGACCCUUGGUUCCAUUGGUGCCAAAGCCUGAUUCUAAGGCCCUCACCACGCCAGGAAGAAAGAAUAAGGCAUCAUCACCAGGUAGACAACGGACUAAAUCGCCCAAAGGCCUAACUCCUGUUUCUGCAGGCGGCAGUCCAAUACGUUCUCCAAAACUGUUUAAAGAGAGAAAAAAAUCCCCAGGUCGAACUAAAAGUCCCAAGAGUCCAAAGCUUGGUUCUGCAAAGGCCUCAGUACCACAGAGCAAGAUGGACAUAGUGCAGAAACUGCCUUUGUCAGCGCUAAGUGAAAGGAUGGGCAAAGAAAAUAUUCAAAUGCGACAAAAUAUAGAUGAGCUGGCAGAAGGAUCCUUUUUAAAGCUAGAACCUGAUAAUACUGCAAUCGAUGCCUCUAUUGAUGCAGUAAUAGCUCGUGCUUGUGCUGAGCGGGAGCCGGAUCCAUUUGCUUUUUCAUCUGGUUCUGAUUCUGAUAGCAACGGUUUUUCCAGCCCAAGGAGGCUGACCAUCAUGGAGCCCUCUACACCUAAACACUUGAUAGGAAUGGGUCAUGGACUAAAGGAUACAUCAACCCCCCUGCAUUUGCCUCCCCAUCCAAUUGGGGCAAACCUGAGUCUGGAUGCUUCUAUCGAUGAGGUGCUCAGAAAGGUAAACCAGGGAGGACCCUCUGUUCCACUUGUUAAACUUGAAGAUUAUGGAUCAUCUGGAUCUGCGUCUCCGCCAACACCUGAACCACUAAUGAAGUCAUUUGAGGACAAGAGUAAAGGUGUUUCUGCUGUGGAUGUCAAGAAGAAGCUGAAGAAGGAGCUCAAAACUAAAUUUAAGAAAAAGGAUAAACCAAAAGAUAAAGACAAAGAAAAGGACAAGAGCAAGCUGAAGGAAAAGAACAAGGACAAAAAUAAAGACAAGAGCAAAGACUUUUCCAAAGAUGGCAAACUGCUGUGGAAGGAGUUUGGUUUGAAGGACGAGGAGGACUUUGGUUUGCAUGAGUUACCUGAAGCUUCAAUCAAAAUAAAGUCCAGAGAUGGCGAUGGCUCGAAAAAGGAAAAGCACAAGGACAAGAAAAAAGACAAGGAGAAAAGUAAGAAGGAUAAAGAUAAAAAGGAGAAGAACAAAGAUCGGAGUAAGGAUGACAGACAAAAACAGUCCGGCUUGUCACCCUUUAGUCUGAGCGAUGUCCCGCCACUGUUUAGUCCUGCCACCUGUAUCCGGAUUCCCUCAAUGCUCCCCUCUCUGCCCCUGCUUCUGCAAGAAAAGGAGGUAAAGAGCAAGGACAAGAAAAAGGAAAAGAAGGAGAAAAAGAAAAAGAAAGACAAGGAUAAGGAACGGGAAAAGGCCAAAGAGAAGGAGCGGGAAAAAGAGGAGAAGAGGAAGGAGAAGGAGCGUGAGAAGGAGAAACGGGAGAAGGAAAAGGAGAGGAUACGACUGGAGAAGAUUAAGGCUGAAGCUCCUGUCCUUCCAUCUCCUGUCAUUCCGUCUCCUGUCAUUCCCCGGUUGACCCUGAGAGUAGGAGCUGGCCAGGACAAAAUUGUCAUCAGUAAGGUGGUUCCUAAUUCAGAGCCCAAAACUCCUGCACCCAAAACUCCUGUUGCCAGGUCUGGACCAGGCAACCGUCCCAGGUCUCCUCCCCUGCCUCCUAUUCUGCCCCCGAUCAUCCCUGUCCUGCUUCCUCCUGCCUCACCGCUGCCCCCUGCCCCUGUGCCUCCCUCACUCCUCCUACCCUUGCCUAUGCUUUCGCCAGCAGCUUCCCACAAGACGCCAGUCCGCAGUGUCGUUACAGAGACGGUCAGCACUUAUGUGAUUCGAGAUGAAUGGGGAAACCAAAUCUGGAUUUGUCCUGGCUGUAACAAACCAGACGAUGGAAGUCCAAUGAUUGGCUGUGAUGACUGCGAUGAUUGGUACCAUUGGCUUUGUGUUGGGCUCAUGGCAGCUCCACCAGAGGACCAGCCAUGGUUUUGUAUAAAGUGUUCUGGAAAAAAGAAAGACAAAAAGCAUAAGAAGAGGAAACACAAACCACACUGA